AGAUCUCAGCUCAAGAAGACAGCCUCCGUUCAUUUCGUGUUUAAGUUUGAAACUCUAUUUGCAGUUGUGCAAAAAGCUAGAUCCUUCUUUUUGUUGAUGACCCAGUGGCAGUGACCACGGCGAUCGAUGAGCUUUGUUUGGAACCUCCUGCUGGCUGGCUUUGCACAUUAUCACAAAAAACUAUGUAUGUGAUGAGAGCAGCACUUACUUUCUUUGAUUUUCGCUAGAGACCGGUACGCGCUGAGGCCUAGAUUUGUAAUCACCAUGCUACGAUGAGGGUUACUAUUUUUGUGUCGCGCAUACCAUCGGGGAAAGCAGGGGGCCCCCGCCUCCCGCCCUCUCGGUCGCCCGCUGCGUAUCCCGCUUGCAGGGGGCCCCCGCCCUUCCGCCUGCCGCCUCCACAGGGGGCCCCCGCUCCUCACCGGGGCCGCCCGCCUGGUGAAACAGGGGGCCCCCGCCCCCCGCCCUCUCACCCGCUGCGUAUCCCGCCUCCGCAGGGGGCCCCCGCCCUUCCACCUCCGCAGGGGGCCCCCGCUCCUUUCCCGGGUCGCCCGCCGGAGGCCACAGGGGGCCUCCGUCCUUCUCCGCGGUAAGUCUCUCUCGCCCGCAGGGGGCCCCCCACCUCCACCUUUGGUGCCCUAGGGGGCCCCGCGCCUUUCUCUCCCGCGCGCAGGGGGCCCCCGCCCCUGACUCCUGGGGUCCGCCUGUGGUGCCCAAGGGGGCCCCCCGCCUUUCUCUCCUGCCCACAGGGGGCCCGCCCCUCACUCCUGGUGUUCGAGGGGGUCCCCCGCCUUCCUUUCCCACUCGCAAGGGCUCCUGUCAAGUACAUCGCUCCGCGCCCGCAAUAGGGGAAACGCAGCGGGGCCCCGCCCCGCAUUCACCCCCGUUGCCGCAGGCCGGGAGCUCGCGCUGGUGCCCUGCCCUCCCAAGAAGUGGCAACACAUUCAUGGGCCCCGCGCGGCUGAAGUACAUAACCAGUAGCGCCGCCUAGGCCUCUGCGCGGGGCCAACCGCAAAUACGCGGCUGGGCCAACCAGUAGCGCCGCGUGGGCCUCUGCGCGGGGUCAACCGCAAGUACGCGGCUGGAGCAGGGCAGACGUACGCAAAGGCCCGCGCAUAGCGCCUGAACACACGGCGACGGCGACGUGGGACGGCGGGCACAGAGUUGGACAAGCUGACUGUGGCCGCCGACGUGGGUACGCACGCUGCCCGCGCGUGCCGAGGUGAUCGGCAGGGGCGGCCUGCGCGAGCGGGGGGCCUCUGCAAGAAUUAGGGGCAGCAGCCCUGUUGGGCUGUCACUGGUGCCCAUGUUGUUUAGGAAGGCCGCAGGACUUUUGUGCUCGUUGGUUGUCAAUGCGCCGUAUUGACAACGAACCAGAGCAGUGUGUUGGGGAAUACUGCCCACAUGCGCCGGCACACGCACUACGCGCGCGGGAAAAUAUUGCCCCCAAGCGUUGGCGCCAACAUGUGCCAGGGCACGGACGCAGUGCGCCGAGCAGCCGGAGCCGUGCUGUUAGGGCGUGCGGAUUCUGACCCGCGCCGGCAAGGGCCACCACGGAAAAAAGUAGACACGCGCCCGGGCGCGCAACGGAAAUACUGCCCACAUGCGCCGCGGUGCGGGCUAGCGCGAUGCCAGGCAGCCGCAAGCCUGGCGCGGAGCGUUGCAAGGGGAGGCGCUCCGUGAAACAGGGCCCACACCGUCGCGACCCCAACGCGCGACGGUCGCGUCAAACCACGGAAACCAACUCCGGACGCUGGCGCCAUACCAUUGGGGUUCGAGAGAAAGUCGCCGCGCUUGUUCCGAUUUGUGUCACGGCGAGACACAUCGUGAAAAAAGGACCCUGCCCUCGUGAUUCGGCUGCGCGGCUUUCGCGAAAUAUCGCGGAAAAGCAGAAAAAACCAAUGCCGCAAACAGGGCCCGUAGCAUCGCGAUUCGCGACGCAAGCGGUAAUUUUUUGCUCGAUUUUUUGCACGGUGCAAAUACUCGUGCAAUAGAGGCCCUACCAUCGCGAUUAGCAUAGAAAACACAGCAACUUUUGCACGAUUUUCACCAGUUUCACGACAAAUCCCGGGACUCGGGAAAUCCCGGGAUUCCGGAAAGACGUGAGUAAAAGACAAAAGCAAAAACCAGAAGACUCCGAAGGGCCAACCCGCAUGGUAUGGUGCGCGUAGGCCAAUAAAGUCCUUAUGUUUUCGUAAUGUAAAAAAAGCCGCUUCACGAGGGCACCACGCCCGGGCUUCCUAGCGCAGCUUCCUAGCGCUUGAACUUACGAAACAAGAAACCGCACUACACAGGCGAUUGCGAAUGCCCGACGUCGUGUCCGCACUGAAGAAUAUUGUUGCUAAGGCACGCAACAACUCGAAUAAAGGACGUGCUUCAGAGGGAGCAUACUAAUUGUUUGACGGACAGCUCUUCCGUGCAAAAGAUCAAUUGUAAUUCGAAGGACCUCGUCGCGCUCGCGGCUAUGUGGGGCUUGGCGGCGUUAUUUUCCGGGACUACAAAAACAAAAACCUCCUCAACUAAGAUGCAGUCGGCGCAGCGAUCCAGGCGCGCUCAUCUUGCGGGAUUGUUGUUUCUUCUUGUGACGGACGCAACGGUUGCCAAUGGCGCAGCCAACACGCCAGCGCCACGGUACCCUCAAAGCUUCAAUCUGCCACCGGUCAACAACCUCGGCAAUGUGCUUGGGCGCAACUACAAUUAUCCAAAUAAUGGGCUCGGUAGUUUGACUUCUUUGAACAACCAAGCUUCGCUCGGUCCAGGAACAAUCACCGCGACCUCCGUCACCGCUUCCCAAUUGCGGGAUCGGAUACACGUGCCGAGUGCACGCGUCGUGGAGAUACGUAAUUUCCACUCGGGCUUUGACGUCCCAGACAUACCGGCAUCCGACCACAGGGAAAUUCUGCUUGUCUCGACUUACGUAUAGUUUUUGACUUUUCAAAACUUCAUCUUCAUGUACUUUUGUUAUUUCGACCUUCAGGUCCAGAUGGGGUCCUUGAAUCGCGUCCUUGCGUAAAAGCGGUUUAAAUCUCUAAGCCUAAACACUAUGAAUGUUGUGUACGGUACGUGAACACACGCCAGUUGAUUCGUCGCGAGCAGCAGUUGUUCAGAACCGUGGACAGGACGGAGCUGCCCGCGAGCGCCAAUCUAGAGUAUCAGCGCAUGCUGGCCCGAGUGCGGAACCGGCGAUCUUCGGACGCCGCCCUGCAAUCUCGGAGUUGCGUCCUCUGGAUGGGCGCGGACGAGCAAGAUGAAUUCUACUUGUACGGCAAGGCGCUUGGAGUCGAAGGUGCAGCCGCCCACCGCUUGACCAUUCGCGAAAUCAAGAUCGGGAGAAGUAGUUUCACUGCAGCCUCUCGGUACUAUAUAAAAAACGCUUUGUCGACGAUGAAAGAUAUUCGACGGCCGCAGGUGCUUGCUGCACACACUGCCGUAGCCAUUUUCACUACUCGAAGGAGACCCUCCAUAUGCUAUAUCCUAUCCAUACAAAAAUAUUUUCUGAGUCGUUUCCUUCGUACAGAAACCUUUUCCUGCUUUUAACGCUCUUUGUGGUCCUCACUGGUUCUUGUGCCUGGUGCAUGAUCCAUCUUGGCUCAAACACUCACCUUUUUUGUACUUCAGCGUCGACGAGACCGCACUGCAGUCCGCCAUCAACGAGUGCGAGGUGCUGAACCUCGGUGGUGGCAAGCCGGCGCGAUUUGCGCGCAACCUGCAGCAUUUGCAGACCACCCACAGACCACUCUGGGAUCGCAUGAUGACGCUUAUCCGCGAGGGCAAACUGAUGGUAUUCGCCUACAGUGCGGGGGCCGUGGUAAUUGGCAAGACUGCGGAACACUGGCUGGACGACAUGGACGAGCCCGUGCCUUCGGAGAUGACUACCGACCAGGCACGCCACUUCCUCAAGGAAGGGGCAUUGAAACUCCUGGGACCAUAUCAGGUUCCUGGUUUCUGAUUCUCGAUUCUCAAACUCAUUAUCGUUCUUCUAUCCACACAGUAUUCCCUUUACUUAUUCCUAUGGACGAAACUCCUUAAGAACUCCCCUUAAGACUUCCCCUUAAGAAACUCCUUAAAAAAGGGGGGGGCGCGGAAUCGAUGACACCAUGGGGGUUCAUUUUUGCGCCGAUGGUAUGCUGCGUUUUUCUGUGUGCGUUGGCGCAAGGUUUUGGCACCCAGAAAAUCGGGCCCAUAGCAUGGGGAUUCGGGCCGAAAGGCUUUAAGGCGAUUUCUUUAAGGGGAAAUCUUUAGGGGGCAUCUUUAAGGGCAUUCUUAAGGGAAUCUGUAAGGGGGCCUUUAAGGGGAUGCUUAAGGGGGCCCGUAGAGCGGCCCGCGCGAUUUCGUCAGGAGACAGGGCGCAAAAAGCUAACUAUUGCAGUGCCCUGCGUGCCGUGAGCAGAGCGGCAGCCACGGACCGCAACAAGAGAGCCACCAUGCGCAAGGCAGCCGGCAGGCUAGCGGCGGCCGGUAGGCCUGGAACAGCCGGCAGGCUAGCAGUGGCCGGCUGGCAACCAAGCGGCAGCCGGAAGGCUAGCCGCGGUUGGCAGGCCAGCGGCAGCCGGCCGGCUGACAGCGGCCGGGGGCUAUCUAACUAGCGGCGGCCGGGCCGGCCAAUGGGCUAGCGCGCGGCCGGCCGAGAGGCUAACGGCAACCAACCCGAUGCACGCGGUGCGGCCCGCCGACAGGCAGAGGCAGCUAGCGGCACUCGGCCCGCCGGCAGGACAGAGGCCAGCGGCAGCCGGCCCGCCGGCAGGUAGGACAGAGGCCAGCGGCAGCCGGCCCGCCGGCAGGUAGGACAGAGAGAGGCCAGCGCCAGGGCAGCCGGCCCGCCGGCAGGUAGGACAGGGGCCAGCGGCAGCCGGCCCGCCGGCAGGCAGGACAGAGAGAGGCCAGCGGCAGCCGGCCCGCCGGCAGGUAGGACAGAGGCCAGCGGCAGCCGGCCCGCCGGCAGGUAGGACAGAGGCCAGCGGCAGCCGGCCCGCCCGGGCAGGUAGGACAGAGGCCAGCGGCAGCCGGCCCGCCGGCAGGACAGAGGCCCGCCACCCAGCGGCAGCCGGCACGCGGGCAGAGGCAGGCCAGCGGCAGCCGGCGCGGGCGCUCGCAGGUCAGGCAGCCGGUCCGAGGCAAUUGCCGCCGGUGAAUUUUUUUUAAAUUUCCAUUAAUUCUGGGAAUCGCGGGUCGUUUGGCCUGGUGUGCAACCAAUUUGGUGGGCGCCCCCGCCGGGGUUGGUGGCGCGGCGUGGUGUGGCGUCUCCGUUUCCAGUUUUCCUUGGCGCCGUACGCUCUCGGGCCUCUCCCCCUUGCUGUGUGUUCUCCCCCAUCCUCCCGGAAAUGGGGGCCGCUUUUUGGAAACCCUUUUCGCGCGUGAGGCGCCGCGGCUUUUGGUGGUGGCCUGCCCUUUGGUGGUCUUUUCCCUUUCCCCAGGGAAAGUCUCGGGUCGGGCCCUUGCCCGGGCCUUUGGUUUUCUUUGUCCGGUGUGGUUCCUAGGGGAGGGGGCCACGUGGUGUGGUUUGGCUCAUGGGGCCGCCUCUUCGUGGCCAUGAGCCAAACCCCUCGGGCCCCCGCUCCUUUGCAUUUGCCGGGGGCAUCGCGCAGCGGCCCCGCUUCGGGAAAUCAGGCACGCGCGACGCCGGGGCGUUUUGGUUUUCCAACCCACACCCGCGGCCCCGGGCGGCUAAUGAUGAGGGUAGUCCCGGCGGUAAUUUCCGGGGUUAAUCUCACCACAACGAAAUCGGGAAGGUUUCGCUGGUUUUGAAAUUAAACCAAAAAUCAGCCCUCAGAUUAGAAUAUGAAUUAGACCACAAAUUACCCCCAAAACCCACGAAAUUAAACUCCGCCCGGAAAACAAUCACUCCGCCGGGCCACUUGGUGCUCAGUCGCUCGGUGCCGUUGGUCAUUGGUUGUCUUGCUUUUUCUCGACACGCCGCCCGCCAGCAGUUCCCGCCCACUUGUGUUUUUUGUGUCUUUGGGUGGACUCCCUCCGGCCGCUGCCCUUUUCAAUUUGCCCCGAAGAUUGGGGGGCGGCGUUCUGGAAACCCACAAACAGAAAGCCCGCCGGGGCAGUGUUGCGGCCCCCGUUUUGUUUUGGUGGGGGCCUCCCGUGCGCAGGCUCUUUCAGCCGGCCCCGGGGUCUUUCUUCUGUGCCGGGCCACCCUUCGGCGCCUUGCCCGGCGCGCGCCUCCCCUCAUGAGGGGCGCAGGGGGCCCUACAGGGUGGCGCCCGUGGUGGCGAUGUGCCUUCGAAAAUAUGGCGGUACCCCCGGCGCGCCUCCUAAUCUGGCCCCUUCGGCGCCUGCUCCCUUUCGCGUUGGGGAUUAGCCACCAUUCAGCCAGGAAUUAACGAAAUAGCUUGCCACGGGCCGGCUGCCUGACGCAGGCAGAGGCCGGCCAGCGGCAGCCGGCACGCACGCACCGCAGGCAGAGGGAGACGGUUGGCACGCAGGCAGAGGCCGGCCAGCGGCAGCCGGUUGGCACGCAGGCAGAGGCCGGCCAGCGGCAGCCGGCAGGCAGAGGCUAGAGUCGGCCUGGCAGGCCGGAGCGGGGCAAGCAGCUGGCGCGGGGUUGUCGAAAGCCGGCGCGCGAACGCGCAGGCACAACGCCCCCACUGACAUCGGGCCCCCUCUCCCUGUCUCCUUGCAGUUUACUCAGUCACCGACGUACCGGGCGCAACCGACAAACCCAAGCCCAGGCGAGCCCAGCAGGGCUCGCCCCGAGGCUUGUUUAAUAUUAAAGAAGAGUUACGACCCACUAGCAUCCCUAAAAUCCUUUUGCCGGAGCCGGACGAACAAAAAGUAUAAGUCGACGAAAAUGCAUAGUGUAUUAUACGGUGUGCAGUAGAUGAAGUGGGACGUAGUUGAAACUGAAAGUAAGAACGAUGAACAAUCGAAGUGAAGUAUUAACGGUGAAGAAACUACAUCUACUCGUUUUACCAAUCUGUCAUAGGUGAAGCCGCACUUCAAGGUCCUGGUCCCCAUCAUUCCAGAGCAGCCGAACGGCCCUUCAGGGGCCUCGCGAGCUGCCAUAGCCAUGUCUGCUUACGGGACCAACAACCCUGGCUCCAAACUGCUGGUCCUCUCCGACGCCGAUAUAUCACAAGAAAAAAGUGUAAGUAUACACUUCUGUGUGCAGCAACAUCACAAACUUGCUCUGCAUACCGGAGAAAACUUGCAAUUUAGAGUUCAUGAGAAAAUAAACCACGUCUGAAGCUAGGCUCCUCGUGAGCGUAUCCGGCAUGACAGAGCUUAUCUGUGUUGCCUGGAAUGCACCACCAUGAGCAACCGAAUGGCAUUUUUUUCUUUGCAUAAACCAUCGAGCGCAUGGACUAUUUUAGCUUGAGCGGAAAUCGAGCGACCUUCAAACAGUCCGAUCCGUAUGCGGUCUUUAGAAGGCCUCCACCGAUCACGCCUCCGAUCGGCGGUGGAAAUCAGAAUCCCUCCCAACCGGCCUCGAGCCCCCCGCAUUCGCAGCCGGACUGGAAUUACAGUGCUGGGCAGUACGGAGUACACCACGAGGAGGUACCGGUGGGAAUCGUCCUGGGGCUGGUAUUUGGGUUCUACCUGCUGCUGGGCUUGGGUAUUUGGGGCUGCGUGUGCUGGACCACGAAAAGAAACCGCGAAAAAGGCGAGCGAGAACUCGCGGAGCAGAAGAAGUUGGCGGAAGAGAAUCGGCACUUGCUCUACAACCAGUACCACACCAUGAACGCUUUCAGCAACCCCUACGAAAACGGCUUCCAUCAGGCUGCUCAACAAGAAACCACCCCUGGAUCGACAGAUGUUGGCGCCACAAACAGUGGAGCGGGAGGACCAAAAAGUCAAAGCAACAUCCAUACCUUUGGCACGCUCCAGGGCGGCGGCGUAAGUGGGGUGCAGCACCAACAGCAGGCCGCGCAGCAACCGCUUGCACAGAUGUACGGGGGUUCGAACAACAACAUUUACGGCUUCAACAACAGCGCACUGCAACAACCCGCGAUCAUCAACUACGGCGCUACCGAUCACUAUGCGUGA